GUUAGUUUACGUUUCGAUCAGGAGGCGGGGUUUCACGUUGUAGCUGAUGUCUUAUAAAAGAACGAAGGAUUGCCACAGUCUAUAACACAACAUUGAUUCUCUUUUUAAACACGUAUAACUGAAGUUUCGUUUUUUUUUCGCCAUGAACAAAAGCCGCUUUGCAGCGGGUCGAACUAGACGAUCAGCGGUUCCCGACAAGGUGGACAUGUCGUUAGAUGACAUAAUUCGGCUUAACAAGAAAGAGCAGCAGCUAAAAAGGAGACAGACCACGGUAAAUAGGAGGCCUUUCAAAAAGAAAGUAUUUUUACAACAGGGGAGAGGAUUUGCAACCCGGACAGCAAGUGGAUCAACUCAGACAGGAGCCGGCAUUCCCAGAGGAGGAGCAACUAAAUUAAGAAACCGAAGGGUGCCUCCCCUACGACGAGGUCAGGGUGUUAUCACAGGACUGGCAGCCAGAAAGUCAACUGCUCUCCUUAAAAGAGCUGGAACGUUGAACAGAAUGGCCUUUAACCAGAGAACGCGGCAGAAAAUAAAGCCCAUUUUCCAACGCAGUGAAGUCCCAUACAGGAAGCCCGAGGUCCAGAGACGACCCUACAGGCAGCCAGAUCCACAGGGAGGACAGAAUCCGACGUUGUUUAGGAGACCGUUUCAGCUUCGAAGGCGACCCCUGCCUCCUGUGCAGCAGACGAGAAGAGACGCACGUCAGGCUACGUUCCUGUUUCGCAGGGGUCUAAAGGUACAAGCACAGCUGCAGAAAACCAAUCCUCCCGUCAGAACUCGCCAAUGGCGCACAUCAACAGCGGGCAGCGGAAUCUUGACCGUUUCAAUCGACAACCCCACAGCUAGGACUCAGCCAGAAGCACCCACCGCCUGGACUCUUCAUCCCCCAGCUGUUAGUUCUGUUCCUGUCAAAGGGGAAACAGUGGAGAAGAAAAUCCCAAAAGGAGUUCCUCUACAGUUUGACAUCAACAGUGUUAGCAAACCGCAAACAUCGAUGACUCUCAACGAGCGGUUUCGCAUACUUAAAGAUCGACGGAGCACCGUGGCACAGAACGGCAAAGGCAGCAGAUUCGUCACUGUGGGUUAGACCGCCAGGAUCACACUGGGAGUUUCCUCCGUCCUGGUCAGCUCCUACACCUACUUGGUGCCAAUUAGACCGGGGACAACGGUGGGGGCGACUGAGUCGUCAUCAGAAUCGAUCAAGUGUCAACCUGGUGUUGGUUUUUAAAAUGUUCUGCCUGGUUGUCCCCCUCGUAUGCACCUUUUUAUUUAGUGGAUUUAACUGUACUAGGUCAAAGAGGACCCCUCCCUCCCCCCUCACCUGGCCUUCUUGUUUGGACUUGAACUGUGGACACUUCAUGAAGACGUUUUUUUUUCUCCUCCUGUGGACUGCUGUGUGUUUGCUGAGGAAGCACGUAACGCUCUAUACAUUUGGCUGAGACUUGUUUUGUAAUGUUUCUUUAAAUAAAAUUCUCUUAAAAA